CUCUCACUGAUUCUCCAUGGCUCACUAUAACCGGAAAGAAAAGCUCGAGAGACUCGAUUAUUACUAUGAGGUCAUUAACUCGACCAUUCUUUCCAAGCAAAAUCCCGCUACGGGCUUGAUCCCGGCUUCAGUAGCUAUCACCACCCAUGGAGAUUAUACAGACGCUUGGGUUCGCGAUAAUGUGUACUCCAUCUAUUGUGUUUUCGGUCUGGCCUUGGCUUAUCGACGCUUGGAUGAUGACAGUGGUAGAACUUUUGAACUGGAACAUGCGGUAGUCAAGUUAAUGCGCGGUCUGUUGUUCUGUAUGAUGCGCCAGGCUCACAAAGUGGAACGGUUCAAAAAGACCCAACAUGUUCUUGACUGUCUUCAUGCAAAGUAUGAUACGAAAACAGGAGACACCGUGGUUCCCGAUGCCGGUUGGGGUCACUUACAGAUUGACGCCACCAGUUUCUUCUUGGUGGCACUGGCCGAUAUGACCACCAGUGGCUUGAAUAUCGUCUUUACUCAAGACGAAGUUGAUUUUGUGCAAAAUUUAGUCUUUUACAUUGAACGCGCCUAUCGCACCCCCGAUUUUGGUAUCUGGGAACGUGGUGAUAAGAGCAACCAUGGUCAACCAGAGUUGAAUUCGUCUUCCAUUGGUAUGGCCGUAGCUGCUCUGAGAGCUAUCAAUGGCGUCAAUCUGUUUGGUGCCCGUGGUGGUCCCUCUUCCGUUAUCUACGUGUUGCCUGACGAACUGACACGCAAUUCUGCCACCCUCAAAAGCGUUUUGCCUAGAGAAUCCAACUCCAAGGAAAUUGACGGUUCCGUCUUGUCCAUUAUUGGUUUUCCUGCCUUUGCUGUCGAUGAUCCCGAUCUCGUCAAACGUACACGUGAGGAGGGCAAGAAGAAGCUGGAAGGGAAGUACGGUUGGAAACGUUUCUUGCGUGACGGUCAUCAAACCGUGGUCGAAGAUACCUCUCGCUUGCAUUACAACGAUAAUGAAUUGAAAAUCUUUGAAAACAUUGAAUCUGAGUGGCCUCUCUUUUUCACUUACCUUAUUCUCGAGGGCUUGUACAACGGUGAUAUGCAGCAGGUGGAAGAAUACCGCGAGAAACUUCAAAAGGUGACCAUUGACUCCUCCAAGUGGGAUCCGGAACAUCCUCGUCCUCCAGAGGAAUAUAAGGACGUGGAACCACAUACUACCAACAAGUUGUCCGUUGCCCUUGUGCCAGAAUUAUAUUACGUGCCAAGAGAAUCAAUCGAUGAAGAACGCGCUCAUCCUAAUACCGUCAAACGUCUUCCCGGUGACAACACUCCCCUUGUAUGGUCCAUGUCGCUCAAUUUACUGGGUUGCUUGAUGUACGAAGAUUUGCUGUCCCCUUCGGAAAUUGAUCCCUUGGGUCGACGUUUCAACGUGGCCCGACUUAAGAAAGAAACCAUCACUCAGAUCGUGCUCUUGUCCGAAGAUGAGGAAUUGCAAUCCGAAUUAUCCACUUAUGGUCUCGAAACCCAAACUGUCGAUCAAAUUUCUUCCAGUAUCACCGUAUUGCCUCCACGUGCUUUGGCCGAUGUCUAUGCCACCUUGGGUCAAAACUCCAAGCUUGGAUUGACCGGCAGAGUCAAGAGACCAAUUGGUGUUCUGGGUACAUCCCGUCUUUAUCGUAUCGAAGGCCAUAUCUAUGCAUUUACUCCCCAGUUUAUGGACAGCGAUGCUUUCUAUCUGAAUGCUGAUCCGGACUUUUUGGUCAGCUCUUUCCAAGCUGAAUUGGGCUUUGCUAGUGAGCACUGGAGUUUUGCUGGCCGUCCCACGCUUAUUGUGGUACUGACCAAAGACAUGUUGGGCGGCAUUCAUGAGAAAGUGCAGGCUCCCGGGGCUACUUCUCUUCGUCAUGCUCCCGAUAUGUCCAAGAAGAAUCUUCUCAACUUUUUCAUGAACCUCCGAUCAGGUAUCUGCAACGGUACACGGGUCCGUCUGUCCCGUAUUUCCGAAACCCUCAACACCAGCCAAAUUGUUUCCUUGGAUUUCUUGAUUGACAAGAAUGUUAUUGAUUGGCAAAACAUCUUGCGCGUCAACAAGUCGGCUCAUCAUCGUUCGGGCACUCAUCGUAAGCUCGGCUACAACCAGGAUCAAACUCAGUCCAGCACGCCCGGUAUCCGUACCCCUGGUUACAAGACGCCCAAGCGUCGCCAAACGGCAUUCCAAGGCAAAUCGCUCAACACUCCUCUUGAUAAAUUGCAUGACGAAGGCUAUUUCCAGGACAUUGCUUCGGCUCUUUCCAAGAUUGCCACUGAGUCUCAAUUCCGUUUGAAGGAUCACGAACACUUCCCUGGUGACAAGAAGGGUGUCACCGACAGCUAUACGCCACCAAGAUUACACAGUGUGACGGAAUCCAGCCUUGAGGAUACGGCUCAGUUUGCCGCAGCUAUUGAUGGCAUGCUGUCCUUGACCUUGGGUGAUCGUUCCCAGUUUGAUCAAGCCGUCUACAGUCUCACCACCUCGGUUAACCUUUACGAUCAAAUUGAUUUGUUGCAAUACCUCUUAUCGUGCGCUGAUCUCGAUUUCUAUAUUGCGGAAUUGCAGGCUACUAUCAAGGACUUGUUGGAGGAAGUGUAUCUCAAGUCGAUGCGACUUCAUUACUGGGCUAUUGCUCGUCAAGCGACCGGGUUGCUUCAAAAGAUUGUACCAUCGCUGACCAUCAGCAUUACCGAUCUUCUCAUUCUGAAGAAGCAAGUCAGUAUCGGAUCGGGUCUGCAAGAGUACUUGAUCUCCACGCCUGUGGGUCCCGAAAUCCUCAAAAAGAUCCUUGGUGAUCAUUGCUCCGAUGACGUACGUGAAGGUCCUCUCGUGCAAGAAAUCAUCAUUUACCUUGGUGGCUUUAUCCGUAGCAUGCCUCGCAUGUUUGAUGGUAUUCUCCGUCUUCGUACCCAUUUCAUCAUUAUUGCCCUUCGUGAAGAAAUCUCUCGCAUGAAUAACUGCAACGAAGAAGAAGCCAUUGAAAUUUUGAUGCAGUUGUCUCCAUUUGAACUUCAGUCAUUGCUUGGCACCAUUCUUUCCGGUCCCAAUCUAUGCGAAGCCAACCAUAACAUUUUGCUGAUCGACCGACCUGGAAGCUUGUUGCCUCUCGGCCAAGUCUUUGGUCUCACCCAUGUGGCCGAUGACAAGGACCGUACGUCCAGUACUUCUAUUCCGAUUGCUGUGGAUGGCGACGACUCCCAGAUUGUGAUCAAGGUUCAGGCCGCCGGUUACAAUGCUGGCAACUUUGCCCGCGUGGAAGUCAACAGUUAUGUCAUGGAAGCCGCUUCUCGCGGUAUUCACGUGUGGGCGGUCGAUGUUCAUGAGAAACUGAUCAUCGAGAAUGCUUCCUUUGACACUCAUAUCUCGAGGGAGGAAAGCGAAGAUUUCAGCAAGUUUAUCGAAUCGCUUCAUCCUGGUAUCAUUGUCAUCAUUGCUGGAAGAGACGACUUUACCGAGCAUUUGACUCCGGAUGCGGUUGAAAUUAUGGAACAUUUGGGAGCCAAGAAGAUUCGAAACGUUCAGUACCGUGAUUCGUAUGCUUUGAUUGUGGAGAAAGGCAGCCAUGAAGCGCUGGAAAGUCACAAGGCGGCCGCCGAUGGUCCCACCGAAACCCUGGAAAAGCACAUCACUUGCGGUGAAAAGAACAAGGAAAUCACGGCCGAGAAUGCUGCCGAUGUGUUCCUUAGUGCUCACGGACGAUGGCUCCGCCGACGAAAGAACGACGGUGCACUUAACCGUGCGCCGACGCAGUUCUUCCCCCGAACCUGGAGCGUUCUUAACAAGUGUCACGGCUUGAAGAUUCAUGAACACGUUUUGCCUCGCGACCCUACUGUGUAUGAACGUACGCCGGGAGAAUUCAAUUUUGCGUUGGCCGUCGAAGGUUUCUUGGGCUGGUUUACCGAUCCCGCCGAACGCCAGAUUGCCGUGGAAUUACUCAAUGUCAUCUACAAGAUUGAAGAACAAAACCCCGACGUCCAAAUGGUGGAAGGCAUGGUGGACAUUCCGGCCAUCAUGACCCAAGCGCAACAUCUCUUCUGGGACCACUGGAAAGAAACCAACAAAGCUCGACUGGAAGGAAGCAAACUCUUUGAACAUGGAUCGGAUUACGAACAGCACAAGGAUUUGAUCCGUAAACUGUUCUAUGAUUUGCCCUUGGAUGGCAAGGAAAGCACCGGCGUCUAUCUUGCUCAAAGCGCUAUCAAGAUGCUGCCUGCAAAGUUUAGCAAUUGCAUCUAAAAUCCAAGUCAUAAGAAAAAAUAUCCAUCAUUUUGUUUUUACAUCUUUUUAUCUACAAUUAGAUCCAUAAAUUUCUGCAAACAAUAAAUGUAAUGAGA